AUGGUAAAAAAAGAGUAUUUGAGAUCAAACUCAAGAACUGACAUUCACAACAAUAACGAACUCGAUUUGGAUCUAUCCGAUCUCACCAUUAAGAACAAUAGCACUACCAACCAACAGGAUAGCAAAUCAAGUUCAACAGCAUCGAAACUAAACAAUCUUACAACCAUACUUAAAAAGCCAGAACCAACAAAAGUAAUGUCAAAAUCAACAUCAUCAUUACCUGAAGUACCAAUUCAUCAACUUGUUAAUAAUAAUAGUAAUAGUAAUAAUAACAAUAAUAAUGGUAGUGGUAAUAGUAAUGGUAAUGGUCGUCCAAUGUUAUCUCGACAGAAAUCAGAGUAUAGAGUCGGUCAAUCUCCGGAUCUAUCUGAACAUAAACCGAUUCAGUACCCACUUACAAUUAUGGUCAACAGUGAAGUACACUAUUGUAUGUACAGUUUAGAAUUCGAUAGCAUAUCAACACUACGUCAAAAUAUAUACACUCAUCUCGAAAAGAAAGCACCACACAUACUCACCAACUUGGAAGCAUGUCAACCCGAUGAUCUAUCCAUUAAAACCACAUCAUUCACAUUUUUCCUUAACGAACCAAAGGUAUAUCUUAAAUAUAUACCGUUUUUUGCAGAUCAAAUCAAUCAAACAAGUGAUCAUUCACUUAAUCCUGUAUUAUAUAUUGUAUCAAAUAAAAUAGAACAAUUGUUUAACAAUCAAAUUAGUCAGAUUAUUGAUAACUAUAAUGAAUCUAUUAAAACAACUAAUCCAGAAUCUAUUUAUUUUAGAACUAAAAUGAUAAAUUUCUUAGAUUCAAUUAGUAAACAAAGAAAGAAAUUAGAUGGUGAUUUAAAGACCUAUAGAACACCGAUGUCCUCUUUCAUUAGGAUCAGAUCUGUUACAUCACCGUUGCCAUCUACAGCCAGUUUCAAUAACAACUAUCAAAUGCGUCCAAUGUCACCACCAACCUUCUCCAAUCCACUGAUACAUCAAUCAAUUCAAACAUCACCUACAUUCCUAUCACGACCACUUGAUAUCAGUAAUGCCAAUAACAACAAUCAUUUACAUGGUAGUGGUGGAAAGCUAUCACUUAAUGAUUCUACUUCUUCGGUAUCACCAUCACCAUCACCGCUUCUCAAUGGCUCCGGUGGAUGGAAAUCAUGCAGUCCAUCGAACCGAACCGGAAGAGAGUCACCAACCAUCAUGAUAUCACCUAACAAUCAACCGAAUACAACAACGACAUCGGUUGGACACUCCGGUACUUGUACGAUCCGUCUAUUCAUAUCGGACAACAUCAUAAAGACUUUCCAAUGUCAUGUACAAACAUCGGUCGGUGAACUGAUAGAUACCAUCUACUCAAAGUUCUCUAAAUUCAUACAGAUUUCGCAGUCUAAAGAGAAUGCCAACGCAAAGUCACCACUGACCGGAAGUGACUUGAAAUCAAUGUUUGUAUUCAAGAUUCGUGGUUUGGAGAUCUAUUUGUUGAAUCAAUCGAUUCCACUGUCAUCGAUCGAUUUCAUCAAUACCAAGUCGAGACGUCAGAAAAAGAUUGAUCUCCUGUUGAUUCCUCGUGAAAAGGUCGAUCAACAGAUUACAACAAACACCUACGAUUACUCUGAACUCUCGAAAUUGCAUUCGCGUGACUCUCUCGAGAUAGAGUUACAAGAUGAUUGGGACGGCGCCUCAAACUCCAACACUCUGGCAUCGCACCAAGUCACCAAACGACUACGCAUUAGAAUCGGUGGUCUAAAGAACUUCUCACCAGAGAUGAUUCCUAGUCUAUCGGCACCAGAGAAGUCUACGAGCGCACGUGAAGAUAUCGUUUUGGGAUGGAUCAAUUGUCGUGUCUGGAACUAUCAAUAUCGUAUCAACUCUGGAUUCCACUGUCUGAGAACCUACGACAAUAAGCCAGAUCCAACCGGUUCAAUCAUUCAAAGUUCAUUGAUGCAUGCAAUCCAACUUUCAUUUGAAAUAGAAAUGAAUUCACCAACCAUUCUAUUCACCCCGUUCCCUCCGACAACAAGCUCGACUUCUUCGUCGUCGUCGACCAGCUCCACGCCAACAGCAAGCUCGCCACUCUCCUCUUCCAUCGACUUGAACAACUCCUCGGAACUCAACAAUGAGCUAUCAUUCAGUGAAAUGCAACAACUUUCGGCAAUCAUUGAGAAAGAUCCACUCACAGACUUGACACAGGACGAGAGAGUGCUAUGCUGGAAGUAUCGCCACUACUGCAAGUUCAUAGCGAAAUCGACGUCGAAAGUCAUCUCCUCCGUGCCGUGGAAUGAGCCAUCGGGAGUGCAGGAACUCUAUCAGCUACUACACGACUGGGUUCCUCUUGAGCCAGUCGACACUCUUGAGCUGCUCAGCUCGAAAUUCCUUGACCGUGAAAUUAGAAAGUUUGCCAUUAUGACACUCAGAAGAAUGUCCGACUCUGAGCUGAGUCUGUAUCUCCCACAGCUAGUACAGGCACUCAAACACGAACCGAACCACUACUCCACUCUUGCAAAGUUCCUACUUCGCCGAGUAUUGUUGAACCGACAACAAAUGGGACAUUACUUCUUCUGGCAUCUCAAAGCAGAGAUUAGCAAUUUGAAUGCCGAGCUCCACUCCGAAUGGGUAGAACGCUACACCUUGAUUCUAGAGAGUUUUCUAAGAGGUAGCGGUCCGCGACUCAACGAGAUAAGCAAGCAAUACGAUCUCUACGAGAAGAUCAAGGGUAUUGCAAUCUCGGUGAAGAACAUACCCAAUACGAAGCGUCGUGACUACCUGCAGACUACACUCGGUCAGCUGAAACUGGCAAGCGACUUCCAACUUCCUAUCAACCCCGAGAUGAAAGUCAGAGGAAUAGAGCUGACAUCGUGUAAGAUCAAAGAGUCAAAGACACUUCCACUUUGGUUAUCGUUCUACAACCACGAUCCACUAGGUGAUAACAUUCUCACCAUCUUCAAAGCAGGUGAUGAUCUUAGACAAGAUCAAUUAACAUUACAAAUGAUUGAUUUAAUGGAUAGAAUGUGGUUAUUAGAAGGUAUAGAUUUACAAACUAUUAGUUACAAAUGUAUUGCUACAGGACCGUUUGAAGGUAUGAUUGAGAUCGUUGGUGAAUCAAUUACGAUUGCAGAGAUACAAAAACUAUCUGGUGGUAUCACUGCUGCAUUUUCAGAGACAGCCAUCGCAACUUGGCUAAAACAGAUGAAUCCAUCCGAAUUUGAAUAUCAACUGGCAGUAGAGAACUUUGUAAGAUCCUGUGCUGGUUGUUGUGUAUAUACUUGGAUACUUGGUAUUGGUGAUCGUCAUAAUGAUAAUAUUAUGAUAACGAAAUCAGGUCAUCUUUUCCAUAUUGAUUUCGGUAGAUUCUUGGGUAAUGUACAGACCUGGAAUGGAAUAAAGAGAGAAAGAGCACCAUUUGUAUUCCCACCCUCUUUUGCUCAUAUCAUUGGAGAACACUUUAAAACAUUUGAAGAUCUCUGUGGUAAAGCUUAUAAUAUCAUUAGAAGAAAAGCUCAUGUUUUUAUCAAUCUAUUUUUAAUGAUGGUAUCAACAGGUAUGCCAGAAUUAAAUCAUCGGGAUGAUAUAAAAUAUCUUAGAGAUGCUCUCGCUCUCGACUUGACAUCGGAUCAAGCAUCUGCUAAAUUCUCAGAGAUGAUACAAGAGAGUAUAAAGAGUAAAGCAACCGGUGUCAACUUUGCAGUUCAUAUAUUAGCCAAUCCAAAUUAA